UUUCUUGGAUAUAGAACACUUACAAAUACAAUAGCACACACCCGAAAAGUGAAAACGCAGACAAAUGGCCAGCUCAAUUCUCCUUUCUAAUUCCUUCUCUAGCAUUUCCCAGUUUCCCGGACGUCCCAAGUUCAUCUUCUGCAAUCCCAAACUCAAUCGUACCGUAACACCCAUUAACAGUUAUUCUAAUAUAGGUUUUUUGAAGGACACCCAAUUACUGCCUUCAAACUGUUUGAGGAAAAGCCGCAGGGUAUUUGUUGUCGGAGAAUCCGAUACGAGUGUUUCCAAGGAUGUUCUGGUGGGGGAGGAUUCAGCAAAUUUCGACUUAGCGAAGCAAAAAAUUACUUCUUGGAUUUACUUCACUGGGGUUUUGGGGGUUGUGCUUUUCAUUCUUGAUGUUGCUUGGCUUGACAAUUCUACUGGAUUUGGUAAAGUUUUCAUCGAUUCUGUUUCGAGCGUUUCUGACAGCCCCGAGGUUGCAAUGUUCCUGCUUACGCUUAUUUUUGCCGUUGUACAUAGUGGCUUGGCUAGUCUUAGAGACCCAGGCGAAAAACUGAUUGGAGAGCGUGCUUUUCGCGUGUUAUUUGCUGGAACGUCUCUUCCGCUGGCCGUUAGUACAAUUGUGUAUUUCAUCAACCAUAGAUAUGAUGGUGCUCAGUUAUGGCAGCUACAGAAUGUUCCGGUGUUGCAUCAUCUACUGUGGGUCACUAAUUUCGUUUCCUUCUUCUUUCUCUAUCCAUCAACCUUUAAUUUGUUAGAGGUAGCAGCUGUCGAUAAGCCUAAGAUGCACCUCUGGGAAAGUGGAAUCAUGAGAAUCACCAGGCAUCCACAGUUGGUUGGACAGGUGAUGUGGUGUGUGGCUCACACAAUCUGGAUUGGUAACUCUGUAGCCGUAGCAGCAUCAGUUGGGCUAAUCGGGCACCAUCUGUUUGGUGCUUGGAAUGGAGAUAGGAGGUUGGCGAUUAGAUACGGUGAAGCCUUUGAGGUUGUAAAGAGUCGAACAAGCAUCCUUCCGUUUGCAGCCAUCCUUGACGGUCGUCAAAAAUUGCCGAAAGAUUAUUACAAGGAGUUCAUAAGGUUACCAUAUCUAACCAUUACUGGAUUAACUCUAGGAGCCUACUUUGCUCAUCCACUGAUGCAGGCUGCUAGUUUCAGGCUUCAUUGGUAGUUUAGACUUCAGAUCUUUGUACCCAACACUGAAUACCUAUUUUGAGGUGAAAUAUAAGAUGGUCAACACGUAUACUAAUAGUGACAUCAGUUUGUUAGCUUCUUUAUAAUCAACAUGUUCAUAGGAAAAUCAUUUGUUACAGAGCUGGAAUAACACCUUGAGAGCAUCAAUAUUUCCCU